AUGCACACCCUUCAAGCAACUGCAUCUUCGUCCUUGUCACUACCUUCGGGUACGUACAUUUACGCAAUUGCGGCAUCUACUCCUAGCACACAACAGCAGCGCCAGUUUGCACUCAUUUCAUCCGAUGAUUCACUAAGGCUGUUCGAUGGACAAUCCCUGCAUCCUCUGAAUAUAGUAUCUGCAAAGUGUCAUGAUGGUGUCACUGCAUUGAAGGAGUAUCGUGGGAAUGGUACAGGGGGCUUUUUACUCGGUACUGCUGGUAGAGAUGGGGCUGUUAGAUUGUGGGAUCCGCGCUCUACGUCUCAAAAAGCCGGUAUAGAGAUGAACGUUGAGAAAAAGUGUCCGAUAUUGUCAUUGUCUUGUGACCCUGAAUCAUACACUAUCGUUGCUGGUACCGAGCUUGAAUCCUAUCAAGCUACUGUUGCUUUAUGGGAUAUUCGAGCACCAGGACAGAUACGCCAACAAUAUAUUGAAAGCCACAAUGAUGACGUGACAGAGCUACAAUUUCACCCUACACGCAAAAAUGUCCUCCUUUCUGGAAGCACAGACGGGCUGGUAAAUCUCUACGACACCAACAUUCAAGACGAAGACGAAACUUUACUUCAAGUAAUUAACCACGGCUCCAUACAUCAUGCCGGGUUCUUAUCCGACGACGCAGUUUAUGCUCUCAGUCAUGAUGAGACGUUCUCGAUACACCCUAUUACAAACCCGGACUCGGAAGAGCCUCACGAACCUAGCCCAAUCCAAUUUGGAGAUGUGCGACCAUCUUUGCAUUGUGAAUAUGUUGUGCAAGCUUUGAGCACUAAUCAGGGGACUUACUUGGCGGCUGGCAACACAACUGAGAAAUGUCUCGAUUUAUUCCCUAUCACUCCCUCUCCCACAUGGGGGUUUGACUACACCAAUGUUUGGCGUCUACCAGAGGCCCAUGGUGAAGAGAUUGUUCGUGCUGUAUACCUUGAUGAACAGUCGAGAACGGUAUUCACUGGCGGUGAAGACGGAUUUAUUCGGGCAUGGAGACAGAAUGGCUCCGAUCAUACUGAAGAUGACCGAAACGACGGACAAGAACAGCUGUCAUCAGACCGAGCGGCUGCUCGGGCUAGAGAUAAGAAGAAGUAUAAAGAUGAGAAACGCUUUAGACCAUACUGA